AUGGCGGCCUGGGCCGAAGGGUUGGUCUCCGCGCAGACGGCCUUGAAGGAGGGCAAGCUCUUCGAUGGCGUCCAGGCGAUCAAUGCGUGCAUGGAGGCUUUCGCCAAGGCGCUGGGUGAUGAGACGGACCAAGUACUGAGAGACCCCAUGGCCUUCCUGGAAGCACACGUUGCAAAGCUCUCAGGCGAGCAGAAGGAUGCGCUACGCACGAUGUAUGAGGUCAGAGGUGACAUCAUCACGGGCUUAGGAGCGAACAAGCGAGCCGCCCUGGACUACAAGUCUGCUGAGAAGCUUGGAGCUCAGAUCAAAGACAAAAUCGCCAAAGCCGAGACCGCCGGCAAAGAGCAGGCGAAAGGAAGCAACAAGGACAAGGUGCCUGUCACCGUGCUGACUGGCUUCCUGGGCAGUGGUAAGACGACCUUACUGAAUCAGAUUUUGAAGGAGUUUCAUGGCAAACGCAUCGCUGUCAUUGAGAAUGAAUUUGGCGAAGUGGGCAUUGACGAUAGCCUCAUUGAGGGUUCCUCCAUGGCCAUGGAGGAGAACAUCAUCGAAAUGAACAACGGCUGCAUUUGCUGCACCGUCCGGGGAGACCUCAUCGCCGGCCUGAAAAAGCUGAUCAAGAAUUCCAUGAAGAGCGGCAAGGCGCUGGACGGUGUCAUCAUCGAGACCACCGGCUUAGCGGACCCCGCGCCGGUGGCGCAGACCUUCUUCGCGGACGACUUCGUGCAGCAGAACUUGUAUUUGGACGGUAUCGUGACGUUGGUGGAUGCCAAGCAUUUGAUCUUGCACCUGGAUGAGGAGAAACCCGAAGGGGUGGAGAACGAAGCCGUGGAGCAGGUGGCCUUUGCGGAUCGCAUCAUCUUGAACAAGUGCGACCUGGUGGAUGCGGCGCAGCUCGAUGAGGUGGAGAAACGCGUGCGCAUGAUCAACGAACCCGUGAAGAUCGUGCGCACCACGCAGUCCAAGGUGGAUAUGGACUUCAUCUUGGGCAUCGAAGCCUUCAACUUGGACAAGAUCUUGGACAUGGAUGAUGGCUUCUUGGCCGAUGAGCAGGACCACCAGCAUGAUGAGCGUGUGAGCUCUUGCGGCUUUCAUGUCAAGGGAGAGGUGGCGCACCAGAAGCUCAAUGAGUGGCUCGGAGCGCUCCUGAAGGAGAAGGGCCAGGAUUUGUUCCGUACCAAGGGGGUGUUGGCCGUCCAGGGGAUGAAGCAGAGAUUUGUCUUCCAGGCGGUGCACAUGGCGUGCAACUCUGCUCCACAGAAGGACUGGGAGGCAGAUGAGGAGCGCAUCUGCAAGUUGACCUUCAUUGGCAAGAAUUUGAACCGGAAAGAACUGGAGGAUGGCUUUAAGAAAUGCUUGGUGAAUGGCGGCUACACAGUGAAUUGA